UUAUUGUACAAUAAUUGUUGAUUUAUUCAGUUGUUGAUGUAUUCCGCAAAUCUAAUACCUGCGAAUCUGAUUAUCAGUGCAGACGUCAAAUAUUUCAUAUAUAUUAACAAUAUUGCAACGUUGUAGUAGAUCUUUGAACCUUCAAACAAAUUUUCAUCAUAAAAUUGUUCAUAUGACCCAUAACUAAUUAGAAUCAUUGUAUAAUCUUUUAUAAUUUCAAAGAUCUUACGUAUGAAAAUUCAUAACUCUUUAAUUGAUUUUUUUCGAAUAAUCGUAAAAGUUUUUGCAAUCAACAUUUGGCAAAACAUGGCAACAAUGCGAAGUUGAGAUCGCUGCAGAGUGCAAACUACAAAUAAAAAAAAACAUCGCGAAGUGCGGACGCUCCGGCUCGCCCCCGCAUUCGUCAAUUAGUCAAGCAUCGCGUGAUAGCACAGAUUCCAGUUAUUAACGUAAUUUUGACAACCUGAAAGUCAUCAUGAAAAAAAUAGUCAUUUUUGGCGCUACCGGUAAUACCGGCUUGUGUUCACUGGAGUAUGCUGUCAAAGAAGGCUACAAGACUCGAGCUUUCGUGAGAGACGAAAAGAAAGUACCUGAAAACCUUCGCGACAAAGUCGAUACCAUCGUUGGAGAUGUGACAAAUGCCGAACAAGUCUCGCAGGCUAUCGCCGGAAUGGAUGGAGUAGUCGUUGUACUUGGCACUCGCAACGAUCUUGGUCCGACCACGGUAAUGUCCGACGGUAUGAAAAAUAUCAUCGAUGGAAUGAAAAAGCACAACGUUGAAACUGUUUCUGUUUGUUUGUCAGCAUUUUUGUUCUAUGAACCAGGAAAAGUUCCAGUAAUAUUUAAAAAUGUUAACGAGGAUCAUCAAAGGAUGUUUGAUCUUGUUAAAGCUUGUGGCCUAAAAUGGAUUGCAGUAUUACCACCUCAUAUAGCAGAUGCUCCAAGCUCUGAGUAUAAGACUCAGUAUGACUCUUCUCCAGGUCGUGCAAUAUCUAAACAUGAUUUAGGUGCAUUUUUAGUAAAAAGUUUAGAUCAAUCUGAACAUUAUCAAAAAGUUUUGGGAAUCGCAACGGUCACACAGUGAUAAAUUAGACAUUUACUGAAGAACAUUUUUGUAGCCUUUAUGUGUGCCAUACAUAAUUUGUUACAGUUUUGAAACCACACAGCUUUUAAAGGUAUUAUUUAAGGUGUAUAUAAUAUAUGAGAUAUUUAUACAAUAUAUUUGACAAAAAAAAUUGAUUUUUCAUA